AGAAAAUCUGAAGUGUGUGUAUUUGUCUGUAUUUGUUUUUCUGGCUGUGAAGUGUUCUACUUCAGUGCAAUAAUAUUUUUCGAAGAUAUGAUAAUUGUGGGAACACACAUACUUUAUUGACAUGACGUGGCAGAUGUUUAUAAAUGAUAUUAUUAAAUAAACAGAGAGCUCGAUUUUCAGGGAAAGUAAACAUGACGUACGGCCGCCAACUACGGUCUUCUGCUGUGAAUGUGCAAUAUAAAUCCUCCUUUUACCACACUUCCCGUACUUUGCCUGAUAUUUUAGAGAGGUGACUGCAGUGUUUUCGUAAUACAUAUACCAACAGCCUCUUCAUGAGCGACAAGCAGAAACUUCUAAAUACUGGACGUUUGUUCGAAAACCAAUGGGAAAUUGUUUCUCUUGCUUCAAGGGCCCUCCGCCUCCAGUUCCGUCCACAAACGGUCCCCUGGAGAAAGACAAGGAAGAGAUCAAGGAACUGACGGGAGUCCUUAGCUCAGCUGAAGAUAUUAAUUGCUCUCCUUUGGGUACUGUGGAGACACAAAUUAAUGGCAACAGCAAAGGAGCAGGCAUUCCCAGCUUUGUCAUUGGAAGUGAUAAUUAUGGCAGCUUGCACCGUGACAAAACAACUCGGACAUUUUACCCUCGUAUUCCACCUUUGAGUCGCACAUCUGGACUUUCAAGUAGUGAAACAAAAGGAAGGGAACCUUCAGAGUCGAAGCUUAAUGUCCUCUUUGACCAGUAUAGAGACAGCAAUGAGGAUUCUAUUCUAGCUGAUGGAAUUGAGCGACUUUGCAAUGAUCUCUCUGUCUCGCCAGAUGAUUUUAAAGUGCUGGUGCUCGCAUGGCGUCUAAAUGCUGAGCAGAUGUGCCGAUUUACGAGAUCUGAAUUUGUGAAUGGAUGUCGUGCAAUGCGAGUGGACUCUGUACGUGCUAUUCAAGCAAAACUCCCAGAAUUGGUCGCUGAUGUUCUGAAGGACCCUGAAAUGUUCAAAGAUUUGUACCGCUUUACGUUCAGAUUUGGCCUAGAUGCAGAGUCAGGUCAGCGUAUAUUACCGUCCGAUAUGGCCAUUUGUCUGUGGCGUUUGGUGUUCUCUGCCUGUGAGCCACCGAUUCUUUCGCGGUGGCUUUUCUUUUUAGAAAAUCAUCCCCAUGUGAGAGGAAUUCCUCGAGACACUUGGAAUAUGUUUCUUAAUUUCUCAGAAGCUGUGGGUAAUGACCUCAGUUCAUAUGACGACACUGAGGCUUGGCCAAGUCUCUUUGAUGAUUUUGUUGAAUUUGAAAAUGAUAAACUGAAUCAGAAUAUAUCGAAAGAUAAAGAAGAAAUAAUUAAACAAGACUGUGAAUAAGCAAGUAACUUGUUUUAUUACUGAAAACUUUGGAUUAUUUUUUUAUUAAUUUAUCACAUGUAAGACUGAUGUUUGCUUAGGAUGCCAUGCUAACUCUAAUUUUAUUGAUAUAUAUAUAUAUAUAUGGUAUCCAGUCAGUAACUGUUUGAAAAAACGUAGCAGUUUUUCUAGCAGCACUGUUUAAUGCUUGUUGAUACGCUGUUGUUUCAGGUAUAUGAAAUUCGGACUCUUUCCACUCACAUGAAAAUCAGUUUGCAGAUAUUUAUUAAUAUUGAGUUUCAAAUAUGUAGUAAUAUAAUUAUUGUACUGGUAGCAAGAAAAUUCAAAUAACAAUGCCAGGAAAGCAUCGUGCACAUUGUUUGCAUCACCACAUUAUAUUUCCUAAUAUGUUUAUACAUUGCUUGAUCAGUUUUUAAGCCAGUUUCAAGUUAAGAAAUAACAGACAAGGUGCUGCAGUGAUCAUGCAUUUACUUGGAAAAUAGAGGUAUUUGAUAUUUUUGAGAGGAUGCCAUUUUUUAAAUUAGUUUCUCUCAUCACUGAAAAUAAAUGUAAAUAUGAAGAUAAUUCUAGUUUCCUUGUUUUAAAACUCCAAUCAGUAUCUAUAAUCAUCCAGGCUUCAGAGAAUCCCAAUAUCAACAUUACCAUUCCUGAACUUUCACAGAUUCAGCAUACAUGAAAUUUUCUCUCCCCCUCUCCCUAUUGAAGAUUAUGAGAGAAAGGGACUUAUGGUUACUGUCAAGUGUAUGAAGUCUUUUCAGCUCUAAAUGUAUAACUCUGAACAUGUUUGUUGUUCUAUAUGAAAGUCAGUUGAUGAAAUAAGUAAGUCAUUGACUGCAUCAUCUGACAAAUGAAGGCAAUGAUUUGAUCAGUGGCAGAAGCAGAGUAUCAGAUGGUGAGCUUCUCCUUUUUCAAUUACUAACAACAGAAAUGGGAAGUCAGAAAAGUGUAAAAAGGUGACACAGGCCACUAAGGGAACAAUAUAGUACAUCAAGUCGCACCACCUGCAGCUCUCAUAGUUCUCAAUGUCCCCUUGUGUUGCCAUUGAUGUUUGACUAUUAACAAAUUAUUCAUUCCACACACCAUUUGUACAAGAAAAUAAUAAUACAACCAGAAUAUGACAUUUUGGAAAUAGAACAGGUACUGUAAAACAGCUGACCAAAUGCAGUGGAUUUGAUCAUUCAAAUGUAAAAAUGGAAAGGCAGCACACUAUAAACACUUAAGCUUAAACAUUGCCUAUGAACAUUAAGGUACUGAUGUGAUUGAGAACACUGUGUGAAUAUAUUCUGCAGUGACAUGGUAUCCUUUGUAAGUAAAUGAUGGAGGAAUAGGAAGUGUGUUCUGAAAAUGGUUAGUAAAAUACUAAAUGGAUGGGGAAAAAAGAUUUAAUAUACAGUAUUAUGGAACUAUCAAGUCCAUAACAAUAUUCUUCAAUUAUUUACUUACUAUAUUAUAUUUUCACAUGGUUUAGUCUGUUAACAUAUCCCUGUAUUUUGUAAAAGAUGUCUUAACAAUUGUUCAUAUGAAGACCUUUAAAUAUCAGUGACUAAAAGUACAGCACUGUAGCAUCAUUUUUAAGGAAUUGAAAUGAGACCUGGAAGAUCAGAAGUGGCUUUCAGAGAUUUCUAACACCCCAGAAGAUAUAAAUUACUAAUGCUGAAUGUAAUGUUGACAAAGACACAGCCACGUGAGGUGGGAAGUCCAAACAAGGAUUCAAUGUAUGUAAUGAUCGAACUAAUACACAUAUAAAUAGAAAAGAACCAGUGUUUAUGAAAAUUUUCGACUAUAUUACAGACCAGCCAUUAUGUUGCUGUUGACUAGAUAUUAUUUCUGUUGACUUUGAAAAGAAUAUUUUAAUAUUUUUAUCUGAAUUACUAAAAACUGAUUCAUUAUUUUCAGAAGACUGAUUGUUUGGUCAAAUAAUGCAGAUUUACCAGUUUAUUUCUCUAUUUUUAAAAAUACAAAUUCUUUUUUGACAAGCAUUAGUCUUCAUGCAGCAAGGGCUUUUUUAAUAGCCAUCGUUGGUGAAGUGGGCUAUAUUAUCACACUUGUAACAGGCUGUUAAAUUGCAUCUUCAGUCAGGUUUUACUUAUGUGUCAUUAUGUUAAGGGUACCGUGGGACAACUAUAAUUAUUUGUAUUGGUGUCUUUGUUUUAAAAAAGCUGUAUAAAUUUUCUGUAAAACAUAUAAUGUAUGUGGUGAUGCAACCAUGUCAGUCUUCCACUUAAUGUGGAUAGUUUCUUUUCUUUUUUUAUUUAAAUUAAAACACCUCAACAAUGUUUUUCUAAUGGAGACAUCCAUAUGUAUUUUCACAUUGUAAAGUGUUUAUGCUGUUGACUUCUUUAAAUUAAUGAAGGACGUUAAAUGAAUUUGCUGCUACAUUGCCUAAACUUACUUUGUUCUGAAAUGUCUUAUGCUAUGGACUCAGUUUCUCACUACGUAAAAAUUUCCUUUGUCAGUUUAUAGUAAGCUUUGGAAAUUAAUUUUUUUCUCUUUUGAGUAUGCAGAAAUUGGUAGCCCAAAAAUUAUAUAUAUAUAUAUAUAUAUAUAUAUAUAUAUAUAUAUAUGCAAUAGUAAUUAUAACACCACAGCUGCAUCCUGGCUGAUUUCAUGCAUAUUUCCUGUCUAAAUGAUAUACUCUAAAAUCUUGUAUAGUGAAUCCUGACUUGUCAGUAUUAUACUCAGACACUUAUCCAUCAUUCAUUGUCUGUUGGUAUUAUUAAUACUAAAGUUUGCAAGACUGAUUCACAUACUAAAAUUAUUUUCCAUUCGUCUUUGUUGAUCUUGAUAAUUUGUCGCUUCACAGUAACCUUACAUGAACAAUAAUUACAAUGUUAUUAAUACUUUUGAAUUUCUCUAAACUGGGCCUUAUAAGGUCAGUGGUAAUAUAAGUUUCAGGUAUCUACUAAUGAAAGAUAACUAAUAGAAAAUCUGCAGAUUCGUUUACAGAUAUGUUCUACAGGAUGUAAACAUAAAUAUUCUUUUAUGUAAACAUCAUCUGGUAGUUUUUCUGGGCUUAACAUCACUGAUGAGAUAGUCCCAUAAACUGUUUCUGUGAGCUUCCUGUGACAUUAGUUAAUGGGUAUUUUUCACUAUGAAAUAACUUUUUGAUAAGUGUGCACCACCUCUAAUUUGCUGUAAGUUCUCACAGAUAUGUUUUCACUUGCGAGUUUUGAUAUAAUGUGUGAAUAUUAUUGGUUUUAAUUGUACACAGCAUUGAAAAACUGUAUAUAUGUGAUGCCUUGCAUAAUAAUUCUCCCACACAAUGGUCAUAAACUUAAUAUAUUUCCAUAAAGAGCUACGAUGCCAAAUGAAAGUUUUGCACUCCAUCCAAGGUACUUGCAGUCUUGGACUUCUAAAGAGAAGAUGUACAAAAUAAAAUGUUUAUACACACAAA